AUGCCCCCGCUGCUGCUCUUUGCCGCUCUGCUGCUGGCUGCCUCAGGCAGUGCUGCCGCCGCGGGGUGUUUGGUGGAGCGAGCCAACUGCAUCGCUUGCUCCUAUGGCGCCAGGAAAUGCGGGCAGUGCAUCUACGGGUGGUCACCCAACGCCCGCGGGACAUGCGUGCGGUGCCCGCCCAACUGCGCCUCCUGCGACACCUCGCGGUCCUGCACCAACUGCGCCCGCACGUACCGCCUCAACCGCCGGGGCGACUGCGUGAAGUGCAAGGUGCCGCACUGCAGCUGGUGCUACGACAACGCCACGAGCUGCUCCUACUGCCAGCAGGGGUAUGCCACCAACUACAGGACCGGCGGCACCUGCAAGGCCUGCGCCAAGAAGAACUGCCUGUGGUGCGUGUAUGCCGAGGACUUGGGCAACGCGCAGUUCUGCACCGGCUGCCGCUACGGCUACAUGGCCACCUGGCCCGCAGGCGUCAACACCGACCCCAGGAUAGGCGGCUGCGACUGCAAGCAGCGGUGCCCGAUCAAGUUCUGUGCGCCGGGCAAGUGCUUCAAGAAUGGGCCCCCCGACACCGGCACAGUCAACUGCGACAGCUGCCUGGACGGCUUCACAGACCUGCAGGCGUGCCUCAAGUGCACAGACCCGGGCUGCUUGUCCUGCUGGGACCCGCACACCUGCAAGGCCUGCAGGCCGGGCUGGGUGCUGGUCGACAACAACCGCUGCAUCAGGGUGCUGCCGCCGUAG